UUGUUUUGUAGUUUUGGUUUUGACGUUUCUACCCGGUUAAAACAGCGUCUUGUCUUUAUGGUAUUGUUUUGGCGCUAAUAAAUCGCCUAAUUUUCAUCUCUAAUCUUUUAACUAAUCGAUUUUUAAAAAUGACGAUCGGAAAGAAUAAUAAGAUGCAACAGCAUAUAAAUUAUCGAGUAAGGGUAAUUCUACAAGAUUCACGUACUUUUAUUGGAACUUUUAAAGCAUUUGACAAGCAUAUGAAUUUAAUAUUGGGAGACUGCGAAGAAUUUAGAAAAAUCAAAUCAAAAAAUAGCAAAACUGCAGACCGAGAAGAAAAAAGAACUCUAGGUUUUGUACUACUACGUGGUGAGAAUAUAGUGUCUCUAACAAUUGAAGGACCUCCGCCACCUGAAGAAGGUUUGCCUCGGGUCCCACUACCUGGUGCUAUGGGCGGGCCAGGAGCUGGCAGAGCAGCAGGUCGCGGCGUUGGACUUGGAGGAGCCCCACCAGGCUUACAAGGUCCAGCUCGUGGUGUCGGAGGACCAUCUCAACAACAUAUGGCCCCUGGUGCUCGAGGACAAUUAUCAGCGCCUCCUCAAAUGCGAGGUGGCCCUAUGAUGGGAGGCCCUCCUCCUGGUAUGAUGGGUGCUCCACCAGGAAUGGGUAGAGGUGGCCCUGGUAGUCGCGGUCCUCCUGGAAUGCGGCGCUAUUAAUGUGUUUGUGCAGUGGUGUUUAUUCAAUUUUAAGUGAAAAACAAAGUUAAUAAGUGAAGACGGUCUACUAUAUUGACUAGUUCAUUGCAUUAAUGGGAAAUGUAAAAAAAUUAGAUAAUAAAUAACACUGAGUAUUUUUCCAGAUAAUACAAUAGUUAAGGACUUAUAAUUACAGAUAAGUACUGAA